UGAUUCCGUGUCGUGCGAGUUUUCAAUGCUCUAGUGUGUGCCUACGUUGGUGUGCAGCCGGCCGAAGCAAUGACGAUCAGUAAGAAUUACUUUUCGCUUUCUAAAAAGGCCUUCCAUGGUAAGCAGAAGUUUAUUAGAUGCAAUGGGCCCUGAAGUUCCAGAUUUCCUGUCUGACACGGAAUAUUUCUUCAUGAUUGAGGUUAAAUCUACCCAUAAGUGCGUUCUAUGUGUUGUAUCGCGCGCGCUUCCAGGGAAGAUAAUAUAAUCUGUAUGUUGGUAUUAUGUGUUGUUGGAUGGGAAUUUCAGGGACUGCUUUUUUGCGUUGUGAGUUGUAAUAUAAUAGGUAAACUCUGGUUUUCGCUAAUGGGUUGGGAUGUUUACUGAUUAAUGUAUGUAGUUUUUAUGAGUCUGCACAAAUUACAUAGAGCAGAACGAAAAUAUUUUACAAAGACAGGAUGGCAGCAGUAUUUAAAACUUUGAUGAAGACAAAACUUUCUUUUCAUAAUGUUGCAGCUACACAUGUACGAUACCUAAAUCUGUUAGAAUAUCAGAGCAAGGCUCUUCUGCAGUCAAGUGGAGUAGCCAUUCAAAAGUUCAGAGUUGUUGAAAAUUUAGAAGAAGUCAGAUGCCUUACAGAAAAUUUCAAAGUGGAUGAAUAUGUUAUAAAAGCACAAGUUCAUGCAGGAGGUAGAGGACUUGGGUAUUUUGACAAUGGUUUUCAAAGUGGAGUACACAUUACAAAAGACUCGUCUAAGGUGGCGGACAUUGUUGGAAAGAUGCUUGGACAUAGGUUAAUAACAAAGCAAACUCCAAAAGAAGGUAUUUUAGUAAAGAAGGUGAUGAUAGCUGAAUCAGUGAACAUAAUGCGGGAGACCUACAUAUGUAUACUAAUGGACAGAGGCUUCAAUGGUCCAGUUAUUAUUGCUUCGUCUGUUGGUGGAACAGACAUUGAAAAUGUAGCUGAAAGAACUCCCCACCUCAUAAAAACUGUACCUGUGGAUGUUUCGGAUGGUGUGACUGACAGCGUGGCAGAAAGUGUUGCAGAUUUUUUGAAGUUUGAAGGCAGUUUGAAAAUUAAGGCUUCAGAAGAGAUUAAAAAGAUGUGGAACUUAUUCCAAAGUGUUGAUGCUCUGCAGAUGGAAAUAAAUCCUUUUGUGGAGACAGACAAAGGUGAUGUAAUUUCUGUGGAUGCUAAGCUUCAGUUUGAUGACAAUGCCCGGUUCCGGCAGUCCGGCAUCUUCAGUUUGGAAGACGUGUCAGGAACUGAUCCGCGCGAGGUAGAAGCAGCAAGAGCACAGCUGAAUUACAUUCCAAUGCGCGGCAAUAUUGGCUGUCUUGUGAAUGGUGCUGGUCUUGCUAUGGCCACUAUGGACAUCAUCAAAUUGCAUGGUGGAGAGCCAGCCAACUUUCUGGAUGUAGGUGGAGGUGUUCAAGAAGGUCAGGUUUCUAAAGCUUUCCAGAUUUUGAUGUCAGAUUCAAAUGUGAAGGCCAUCCUAGUGAAUGUUUUCGGUGGUAUUGUCAACUGUGCCACAAUAGCAAAUGGAAUUAUAAAUGCAUCAUUAAAUCUCAAGUUAAAUAUUCCUUUGAUAGUGCGUUUAGAAGGUACAAAUGUAAAUGAAGCAAAGAAGAUUUUGUCAACUUCGGGCCUUGACAUUGUGUCUGCCUCUGACUUGGAGGAAGCUGCACAGAAAGCGGUGUCCUGCAUCAAGUGAUAACCUUCUUUUAUUCAGAUGCAGACUCUAAUGCAGACUGAUUUGAAGUUCUACUAAAUUUAAAGAGAGCGUGCUGAAACAUACAGGAAUUUCAUCCAUUUCCUCUUCACAGACACCAAAAUAUACAAGUUGGAACCAUUACCAGAACAAUAAAAAUUUCGCGUUCCCCAGUAUAUGAUUUAGCUACGUAGUGGUGCCAGCCAUCUAUAUUUUUCUGCCAUAAAUAUUUAUAUGUAUGCUGCUCGGUUAUAACGUGCGUCUCUGCUGCACAUGGAUCAUGUUUGAAAACCACUCGGAUUGCUUAUAGUAGUAAAGCAGCACUGUGGUACGUGAAAACAUUCAGAAGUUAUCAUACAUGUAUUUCUACAAUUCCUGCGCGAAAUGUACGAGGCAUUGAACUAAGUUUCUUAACAUGGUGAACUAUUUUAUCCAUUUCUGGUCCAUUAUCGAACAGUGCAUGACGCUUUUACUGAUACAGAGUGUGAAUGGUAGAGCAGAUGAACACGUUAACAAGGUACAGGAGGAUUGAGCUCAAUAAUUUUUACUUUUCGCCCAUUGUUAUUAGGAUGGGGUCACAGUGGCCGCACGGUCUGAGGCGUGGGCCUCGUGCUGUUCGGUCCCUGGGACCGUGGGUUCGAAUCCUACUCGAGCCAUGGAUGUUUGUCCGCGUCGUUCUGUUGUGCUGCCCUGUGUACAGGUAGAGGCCUUGCGAUGGGCCGAUCCCUCGUCCAAGGAGUCCUACCAAAAAAUGUAUAGAUCAAGCCAACAAAAGAGUUGGGGCCCGCAGUGCUUAGGCACUUGAACGCGUUGUCCGAGCAUCCAAGUAAGUAAGUAUUAUUAGGAUGAUUAAUUGAGGGAAGAUGAGACAGGGUGGACUUGUAACACAGAUUUUAAGAUUAGAAAUACUUGCAGACUUUUUAGUUGGUAACCUACGAGGAAGAGACAUUGUGAUUGUCAGGCAUAAUAUUGAAAAGGGUUUUACAAAAAUAGGGUCGAAUGUUUAAACUCUAUUAAAUUUGUUCAGUGGGGGCUUUUGUUAGCAUGUUAAUUAAUCUUCUGGUUCCUGUGAAAUGGGCUAUCACGUGACAUGUUGAAACCAGCAGUCCCUUUAUUUUUCCUCCAGAGCGCCUCGUGGUUGACUGGUGGAUCGCAGUGUUUUGCCCGAGCAAGGUACUGGGAUGAUGUACAUUUAUUUCUAGCCACGUUACUUAAUGACUUCAUAAAAGAAUUCCAUGUUACUUCAUGGCAUUUAUGGUUUCAUUUUGCAUAUAAUCAAUGCAUGUAAGUGCAUAAUUUUGACCAAUUGCAGCUUAUCUGUUCCCAUUGCACUUUUCUGAUAUGCGUGAAGAAAAAUAACUAAGAAAUGAUGGAGAAAGCGUCCCAUUGUUAUAAACUGUUAGAAAUUUUAAAUGUAUUACAAACGUUUGCCUUUAAGGAUUAUGAUGGUUGUUUCUUUCAUGUACAUUGUGAUUAGACUUACUAGAGAUUUAUUUUCUUGAAUUUGUAUGUGGCAGAUAUUUCUUAAUGUGUUGAUGAAUGUGGCAGAAAUUAUGUACUUGUGAGCCACUGCAGUCACAUUCUGCAUCAUCAGAGGGAGCGCGAGCUCUUCGGCUAGAAACUAAAGUGGAUGUGGUUACACCUUCGUGUACUUUGAGUCAGAUGUGCGUGCAUUGCGCAUGUGUACGCUGCGCAUUUCGUUAACAGAGGACCGAGCAGCAGUAGUAAGAAAUGGUAUUAUGGCACCAGUACUGUGUUACUAGUAUUGAAACUGAUAUAUUGAACCCAAGUUCUGUGGGGGCAAUGAGACUGUUCAGUAUCUGUUUUGUAGCAGUAUUAUAGUACGUAUCAACAUGGGCUUCCAUUAUUAAGACUUCGAUGUUCACUUAAAUUCAGGUAUGCAUAUGGUUAAAACUCUGUAUAAUAUAUUUUUUGUAGUGUUUUUCCUAAAAUGAAUCCUUCCAGAUUUUGGUGUUAUUUUCUAUAUAACUGAGAUAUAUAGUGGCAGUGAAAGGGAUUACAGUGUGGAUUGAAGUAAAUAACGAGUGAAUGCAGUAGCGAUCAAAUUUCACUUCCGAGCCUAAUAGACAGUUCUUCUUAAAUUGGGGAUUUGUUCUUUCUGCAAUAUGUGCAGAAUUCUUCGGCCCUUUUGCCCAUGGUCUCGAGGAAUAUAUUUGGAAAAUAUAUAUAAAAAAAUGUAACAUUUUAUUCGUUGUGUGUGGGAAUAUAAGAAAGCUUAAGAUUCUUUAAAAGUAAGGCCAUUCUCAUGAUAAAUGGUAUAUUUUAUUUGUUCUCUUAGAAUAUAUUAUCUGGUCUGUUUUUAAAAGUACUUUUUCAGCAUGGCCACACUUUAAUCCAGAUGGCAUUUAAUAAUGCAGUAUUGGCAUCAAGCCCCUCUAAUGCCCAUUCCUCGUCCUGUGCUGUCGUAAAUGGCCUCUAGCAGGGCAUUUCUCAGGAAUGAGAAAUUAUUUUGUUACCAUAUCAGGGAAAAGUUAUUGUGCUUUCUGAAGACUUCCAUUUCACACAGGAUGAGACGGCCAAAAGUAUCUCCUUGUUGUGGUAGAAGUGAAUCAAUCGGCUGUGAUUUUUAGUCCUGCAUCAGGAUUUUAUCAGACAAUUUUAGUGCAGUUGUUUUUGAUGGUUAAUUUCGUCAUGUUUAGAUCUUUAUAUUUUAUUACACUUUACAGUAUAAUUUGUAUUUGUACCUAUUGUUAAAAGCAUUGUUUGAUGUUUUGAUGGAAAUGCAAGACUGAAUUUUGUAAU